AUGAGCGGACGGCAAAGAACUCUUUUUCAGACAUGGGGCGCAAGCCUCUCCCGAUCUUCUGGGGCUCCCGGUUGCAGCUCUGGAACUGAGCGGCCUCAGAACCCUGGCAACUCUAGGGCGCGUUUUCCUGCCAACGCAGAGGCUGCCGGUGCGCAGCCGGAGCCUGACGAUGAUGUGUUGCUGGUCGCUGUGUAUGAGGCAGAGAGGCAGCUGAGUCUAGAGAAUGGCGGGUUCUGCACCUCAGCGGGCGCCCUGUGGAUUUACCCUACUAAUUGCCCAGUGCGGGAUUACCAAGUGCACAUCGCCCGGGCCGCUCUGUUCUGUAACACGCUGGUGUGUCUGCCCACCGGGUUGGGAAAGACCUUUAUUGCCGCCGUGGUCAUGUACAAUUUCUACCGCUGGUUCCCGUCUGGCAAGGUAGUCUUCAUGGCCCCCACGAAACCUUUGGUGACACAGCAGAUUGAGGCUUGCUACCGAGUGAUGGGUAUCCCGCAGUCCCACAUGGCCGAAAUGACAGGAUCUACUCAGGCUUUCACCAGGAAGGAAAUAUGGUGCAGUAAGAGAGUCAUUUUUCUUACACCUCAAGUCAUGGUAAAUGAUCUUUCUAGAGGAGCUUGUCCUGCUGCUGAAAUAAAGUGUCUAGUUAUUGAUGAAGCUCAUAAAGCUCUUGGGAACUAUGCUUAUUGCCAGGUUGUAAGAGAACUGGUCAAAUAUACAACUCACUUUAGAAUAUUGGCUCUUAGUGCCACACCAGGUAGUGAUAUAAAGGCUGUGCAACAGGUUAUUACUAACUUACUAAUUGGGCAAAUAGAACUUCGUUCUGAAGAUUCUCCUGAUAUUUUGCCAUACUCCUAUGAAAGACGAGUUGAAAAGAUUGUUGUUCCCCUUGGUGAAGAGCUUGCAGCCAUCCAAAAAGCAUAUGUACAGAUUUUGGAAUCAUUUGCCAGUUCUUUGAUUCAGAGGAAUCUUUUGAUGAGAAGGGAUAUCCCCAAUCUAACAAAAUACCAGAUAAUUCUGGCAAGAGAUCAAUUUAGGAAAAACCCACCUACAAAUUUUGUGGGAAUUCAACAAGGUAUAAUUGAAGGAGAAUUUGCUCUUUGUAUUAGUUUGUAUCAUGGUUAUGAAUUAUUGCAACAAAUGGGAAUGAGAUCAUUGUAUUUCUUCCUUUGUGGAAUUAUGGAUGGAACUAAAGGAAUGACUCGGACAAAAAAUGAACUUCACCGCAAUGAGGACUUCAUGAAACUCUACAGUCAUCUAGAGUGCAUGUUUGCACAUACACGUAGUACUUCAGCAAAUGGCAUUUCUACUACCAAAAAUGGAGAAAAAGAAUUUUUCUAUAGUCAUCCUAAAUUAAAGAAAUUAGAAGAAAUUGUAGUUGAACACUUCAAGUCAUGGAAUGCUCAAAACACGUCCGAAAAGAAAUGUGACAAGACCAGAGUUAUGAUCUUCUCUUCAUUUCGAGAUAGUGUUCAAGAAAUUGCAGAAAUGCUUUUACAGCAUCAGCCAAUUAUUAGAGCAAUGACUUUUGUUGGCCAUGCCUCAGGGAAGAGCAUGAAGGGUUUUACUCAGAAGGAGCAACUGGAGGUAGUGAAACAAUUUCGUAGUGGUGGUUACAAUACAUUGGUUUCCACUUGUGUUGGUGAAGAAGGUUUGGAUAUAGGAGAAGUUGAUCUCAUAAUAUGUUUUGAUGCGCAGAAGAGCCCAAUCCGUCUUAUACAACGAAUGGGUAGGACUGGCCGCAAACGUCAAGGCAGGAUCGUUGUUAUUCUUGCUGAAGGACGUGAAGAACGUACAUAUAAUCAAAGUCAGUCCAACAAAAGAAGUAUUUAUAAAGCUAUUUCAGGUAAUAGACAGGUCCUUCAUUUUUACCGAGCAAGUCCACGAAUGGUUCCCGAUGGAAUCAAUCCAGAAUUACAUAAAAUGUUCAUCACACAUGAUGUCUAUGAACCAGAAAAGCCUUCUCGGAACUUGCAGCGAAAGUCAUCUGUUUUUUCCUAUAGGAAUGGUAAAUAA